AUGAUUGAUUUGUUUUUCAAAGUGUUGGUUCAGACAGGGAGUAGCGAAAAGGCUUAUGGGGCGGUUUCUAACGAGAUAAACAAAAGGAGACUUGGAUUUGACAACCGUUCUAUGGGGUAUGACGAGGCGAAAAGAACAUUUUCCAGAGUAGUCUCUGUUGUGGAAGAAGUUAAAAGGCUAAAAGAGGUUUUUAAGGAGGGAUAG